UCUUUUCAACAGACAAUUACCAAGCAAACAUGAGCUCGUAGCGUAGUUGCAGUUGUGUUCCUAAUCUUGAAGUGGUAAUACACUCGACCACCGGGAAAUUUCCCCCAAAUCUAUAAGAAAUAGCUUAUGCAAACCAUUGUGGCGACUGUGUUUCGAUAGUUUAAUAUGUUCGUCAUAACUGACGUCGAUCCCGAUCCGAGACAUCCUGCCCGACAGUCGAAAGCAUUCCCCACAAUAACGAAACCCAAUUUGGUUGGAUUUUUUAGCCUUAACCAUGACCGGAAGUAUGACCCAUCGGCGGUGCAGCUUAAGUACCUUACACUACCACCCGGGCCGAGAACAGACCUGCGACUCGAUCUUAACGAAGGGUUCGAAAUACAUCACCCGAAACCGAGCAGUGCAAAAGAGGAAAAGAUCGAUAUGCUGCUGAACUUCAUACGCCAAGCAGAACGACCGCGGGAACUAUGGACCACAACGGCGAAGGGUCGAUUAAAGCUGAAGCAUGAUUUUGUAUGCUUCCGUGGUUUGCUUAGGAUGAUUUCCUGCACACCGUACGAUUGGAAAACGCCAUGGAUCGUGCAGGCAGUACGCUAUCGUGGCACAAUUUACCUGUGCGAAAAGCCUACCACCGAAAAGCUUGAAUCGGAACGCAACGAAACGGAACAGCAGAAGCGUUUCUGUUACUAUGGCUUCAAGUUCGAGCAGUACAUACUUACGGAGCAACCCCACAGCAAACCGGACACGUCGGCACCGGUCAUGCUGGGGGAGGAAUUCUGCUCCAUGUUCGAUACGACAGUUGCCGGCCAUCGGGUGCUUUAUGGUGCGGAAAUGGAUGGUAUCGUUGCGUCGAACCAACCACUCGAUCGCGAACGGCUUCGGUUAGAGGAACUGCGCCGCUGCGAGUUUGUAGAGGUGAAGGUAAAGCGCAAGGAAACGACCCAACGACAGGUGGACAAUUUCCACCGGUUCAAGACAAAGAAUUGGUGGUGCCAAAGCUUUCUGGUGAACGUACAACGACUGGUUGUGGGGUUGCGUGACGAUGCGGGAAUUGUACGAGAAAUAAUCGACAUGAAACUGAACGACAUUCAGCGUGAUUCCCGUCCAUUCUGGUCACCAUCAAUCUGUAUGAACUUUUGUGCGGAAUUUCUUUCGGAAGUGGUGCGCACAAUUGGCGAAACCGAUAACAGCCGUAAGGUUUAUCAGUUUGAGUACGAUUCGCGGGAAAGUCGCCGGGUACGAUAUCGGGUACUGCCGGAGGACGAAGGCCACCGGGAAGCGUUUCUUCCGGAUUGGUACACGGGGUACGUUGAAAAAAUGCAACCUAAGUUCUAG